UUUUUUAUAUUAUUAGAAAAAUCAAUAUUUCGAAUAUUUUGAAUUUCCCCGCUUUCUGAAUUGUCACGUGAUCGACGAUGAUGCACGAAUUGAAGACGAUCGAAAUACGACUGGACCGAUUCCAACAAUUGUCAAGAAUUUUUUAGAAAGUGAUUCUUAUAAAAAAAUGGUUCAAUUUCGCGAUGUAUAUGACGUUACAGCCCGUCAAAAGAAAAUCAUCGAAGAAAAAGCUGCUCGAAGAUUAGAGCUCCGAAAUGAAUAUCUUAAAAAAUAUCUAAAUCCUUAUAGACCUCUUGCUAAUGGAACAAUAUUCGAUGAGCCAAUUCAAAGAUUAAUAUCUUUACGAGAGACAAGGAGAGAAUUUAAUAGACCUACUAUUUUAAGUUGGGUCUAUCACACUAGUAUGGUAAUUGUACCCAUGAUUUUAACAACGCUGGCUGUUAAGAGAGAAAGAGAUGCUAAAGAACGUCAAUUCAGGACUGGUCAAAUUGCUUAUAAAGAUAGAUUCAUGCAAUUUGGUUAAGUUUAUAAAAUUGUUAUUGUAGAAAGGUGAGAGUGAAAAAUCAUUUAGCUUAAAUAAAGAAUUGUAUAUCA